AUGGCCGCCGAGAAGCUCCGGGAUUUGAGUCAGCCGAUUGAUGUUCCCCUCCUGGACGCCACAGUCUCCGCCUUCUAUGGCACCGGAUCUAAGGAAGAGAGAAAUGCUGCUGAUCAGAUUCUGCGUGACUUGCAAAACAAUCCCGAUAUGUGGCUCCAAGUCAUGCAUAUUUUACAAAAUACUCAAAAUAUGAAUACCAAGUUCUUUGCCUUACAGGUUCUAGAAGGUGUAAUUAAGUAUAGAUGGAAUGCAUUACCUGUUGAGCAGCGAGAUGGAAUGAAAAAUUUCAUCUCUGAUGUUAUUGUACAGCUUUCUAGCAAUGAUGCUUCAUUUCGAGCUGAAAGGUUGUAUGUCAACAAACUCAAUAUUAUAUUAGUUCAGAUUUUGAAGCAUGAGUGGCCAGUAAGAUGGCGCAGCUUUAUUCCUGAUCUUGUCUCAGCAGCUAAAACAAGUGAAACUAUUUGUGAGAAUUGUAUGGCUAUAUUGAAACUUUUGAGUGAAGAGGUUUUUGAUUUUUCAAGAGGAGAGAUGACGCAGCAGAAGAUAAAAGAGCUUAAACAAUCAUUGAACAGUGAAUGUCAACUCAUACAUGAGUUAUGCUUUUAUGUGUUAUCGGCAUCCCAAAGGACUGAACUCAUACGUGCGACUCUAUCUACAUUGCAUGCCUUUUUAUCAUGGAUUCCCUUGGGUUAUAUAUUUGAAUCACCAUUGGUGGCAUCCCUUGAAUAUGGGGGGUAUUAUGAUGUCCAGUAUGUCAAGAUGUAUAACAUAUUCAUGGUCCAAUUGCAGAGUAUACUCCCACCAACUACCAAUAUACCAGAGGCAUAUGCACAGGGUUCAAGUGAGGAACAAGCAUUUAUACAGAAUCUAGCACUUUUCUUCACAUCCUUUUAUGGGGCAAGUUUCAUCUUUUCUGUAUAUUGUUCUUCAGGUUAUUUUAUUCACAUUCGCAUCCUUGAAUCCACUCAAGAGAAUAUAGCUGCUUUGCUGUUGGGCCUUGAAUAUCUUAUCAACAUAUCUUAUGUGGAUGAUACUGAGGUUUUUAAGGUCUGUUUGGACUACUGGAAUUCCUUGGUAUCGUGGCUGUUUGAACCACACCGAAGUUUGGACAAUCCUGCAGCUUCUGCAACCAUGAUGGGACUUCAGGUACCAGCAAUGCUCCCUGGUAUGGUUGAUGGACACAAUUCUCAGCUUCUUCAGCGCCGGCAGCUGUAUGCUGGUCCCAUGUCAAAGCUGAGAAUGCUUAUGAUCUGUCGCAUGGCAAAGCCUGAAGAGGUUCUCAUAGUUGAAGAUGAAAAUGGGAACAUUGUUCGCGAAACCUUGAAGGAUAAUGAUGUGCUUGUCCAGUACAAGAUUAUGAGAGAGACCCUUAUUUAUUUGUCGCAUCUUGACCAUGACGAUACUGAAAAGCAGAUGCUGAGGAAAUUAAGUAAACAGCUUAGUGGUGAGGAUUGGACAUGGAACAAUUUAAAUACACUCUGCUGGGCUAUAGGUUCUAUAUCUGGUUCUAUGAUGGAAGAACAGCCUGUUUGUUCAAAAUCAACGUAUGUAGUGGGCCAGUAUCCAAGGUUUUUAAGAGCUCAUUGGAAAUUCCUUAAAACUGUUGUGAAUAAGUUGUUUGAGUUUAUGCAUGAGACCCAUCCUGGAGUUCAGGAUAUGGCCUGUGACACAUUUCUGAAAAUAGUCCAGAAGUGCAAGCGCAAAUUUGUGAUCACGCAGGUUGGGGAAAAUGAACCAUUUGUGUCUGAGCUUCUGACAGGCCUUCCCAACACCAUUAUGGAUCUUGAACCCCAUCAAAUACAUUCUUUCUAUGAAUCUGUUGGUCACAUGAUUCAGGCAGAGUCUGAUGCACAAAAGAGAGAUGAAUAUCUUCAGCGGUUGAUGGAGCUCCCAAAUCAGAAAUGGAUGGAAAUUAUAGGGCAGGCGCAUCAAAAUGUUGAAUUUUUAAAGGAUCAGGAUGUAAUUCGGACAGUGCUUAAUAUAUUGCAGGAAGUUAAUAAGGAAGCAUCGUGGCAGGCAACGAGUACAAGUGUUGCAUGUUCUUUGGGGACAUAUUUCUUGCCCCAAAUCUCGAUGAUUUUUUUGGACAUGUUGAACGUGUACAGAAUGUAUAGCGAGCUUAUUUCAAAAAGUAUUACAGAAGGGGGACCUUUUGCAUCUAGAACAUCCUACGUGAAACUUCUUCGUUCGGUGAAGAGGGAGACACUUAAGCUGAUUGAGACAUUCUUGGAUAAGGCAGAAGACCAACCACAAAUUGGUAAACAAUUUGUGCCUCCAAUGAUGGAUCCUGUUCUUGGAGAUUAUGCAAGGAAUGUUCCUGACGCAAGGGAAUCAGAGAGUGGUGAUUUCUUUGCUAUUUUAGAUAUGAUCAGCAUGUGUCAUUCAUCUCUCUGUCUCUCUUCCAGAUAUAAAUCUGCAAUGAUUGAAGAUGUACCUCGCAUAUUUGAAGCUGUCUUUCAGUGCACACUUGAGAUGAUUACCAAAAAUUUCGAAGAUUACCCAGAGCAUCGCCUCAAGUUCUUCUCUCUACUUCGAGCCAUAGCUACUCAUUGUUUUCCUGCAUUAAUCUGCUUGUCAAGUCAGGUUCAAUUGAAGCUUGUUAUGGACUCUAUCAUAUGGGCUUUUCGACACACUGAAAGAAAUAUUGCUGAAACUGGGUUGAACCUGUUACUGGAGAUGCUUAAGAAGUUUCAGGGCUCAGAGUUCUGCAAUCAGUUCUAUCGGACAUACUUUUUGACAAUUGAACAAGAGAUAUUUGCCGUCUUGACUGAUACUUUUCAUAAGCCCGGUUUCAAAUUACAUGUCUUGGUGCUUCAGCAUUUGUUCUGUUUGCUGGAAACUGGUGUCCUAACUGAACCUCUUUGGGAUGUUGCUACUAGUCCAUAUCCAUACUCGAGUAAUUCUGUGUUUGUACGUGAGUUUACCAUAAAACUUCUAAGUACUUCAUUUCCCAACAUGACCACAGCAGAGGUUACUCAAUUUGUUAAUGGACUCUUUGAGUCUACCAAUGAUCUAUCAACAUUUAAAGAUCAUAUACGAGAUUUCCUUAUUCAGUCCAAAGAAUUUUCAGCUCAGGAUAACAAAGAUCUAUAUGCUGAAGAGGCUGCGGCUCAGAGAGAGAGAGAACGGCAAAGAAUGCUUUCUAUUCCAGGGCUUAUUGCUCCGAGCGAGUUGCAAGAUGAAAUGGUGGACUCGUAG